AUUGGGUGAAAUUUUGAAGUUUUGACAGAAACUGACUAAUUAACUAUAUAUUUGAGGAAAUUAAGUCAGUUAACUAAGUACAGUUGCAACACAACAACAACGAGUGGUCUAGAAGUAGAACGCUGAAUCUUCGUAGAUUGAAAAUGAAAAAUUGUUGGUGCAAAUCGGAGUUGAAGCUGAAUGGUGGUGGAGGGAGAAGAGGUUUGCUAGUGAGAGAAAGAUGAGGUUUGGUGGUAAUGAAUCUGUCAAAAACUGGAUUGAAAGAGGGAAAGAGUUGUCGUGUCAACAAAGAGGAAAAGAAAAAAUUGAGAGGGAAAGGAAAAAAAAAUGAAAAUAAAGUUACAACACAGACAGAGCCAUGGCGCAGAAGAGAUUCAUCAUUGAAGUCGAAAAAGCAAAGGAAGCAACUGAAGAUAGACCUUCCAGAGGACCUGCUUAUCGUAGCAUCUUCGCUAAAGAUGGAUUUCCUGCUCCUAUUCAAGGUCUUGAUAGUUGCUGGGAUGUUUUCCGAUUGUCUGUUGAGAAGUAUCCAAAUAAUCCUAUGCUUGGUACCCGAGAGAUUGUAGACGGGAAGCAUGACAAGUACAAGUGGCAAACUUACAAAGAAGUAUAUGACAUAGUGAUCAAAGUCGGAAAUUCCAUCCGCAGCUGUGGUUAUGGAGAACGUGUAAAAUGUGGUAUUUAUGGUGCCAAUUCUGCAGAGUGGAUUAUGAGCAUGGAGGCUUGCAAUGCUCAUGGACUUCUUUGUGUUCCUUUAUAUGACACCUUAGGUUCUAGGGCCAUAGAAUUUAUUAUAUCCCAUGCAGAGGUCUCAAUUGCAUUUGCAGAAGAAAAGAAGAUACCCGAGCUGUUGAAGACAUUUCCAAAUGCAGCCAAAUAUCUCAUGACCAUUGUGAGCUUCGGAAAGGUUACCCCUGAACAAAAGCAAGAAGUUGGAAAGUUUGGAUUGGCAAUAUAUUCAUGGACUGAAUUUUUACAAUUGGGUGAAAGUCAGAGUUUUGAUCUACCUACAAAGCAAAGAAGUGAUAUCUGUACAAUAAUGUAUACUAGUGGAACUACUGGUGACCCCAAGGGAGUAUUGAUAUCCAAUGAGAGUAUUAUUACCCUCUUAGCUGGGGUUAAGCGGCUGUUGGAGAGUGUCAAUGAAAAAUUGGUCGAGAAAGAUGUGUACUUAUCAUACCUUCCUCUCGCACAUUCCUUUGAUAGGGUCAUUGAGGAGACAUUUAUAUGGCAUGGUGCCUCGAUAGGCUUCUGGCGUGGGGAUGUUAAGCUGCUAAUUGAAGACCUCGGGGAGCUAAAACCAACUAUUUUCUGUGCUGUACCCCGUGUACUUGAUAGAGUGUACUCAGGUUUGACACAAAAUAUUUCUUCCGGAGGCUUCCUGAAGAAGACUUUAUUCAACUUUGCUUAUUCAUAUAAGUUGAAUAACAUGAAGAAAGGGCAUAAGCAUGCAGCAGCAUCUCCACUUCUUGACAAAGUUGUGUUUGAUAAGGUAAAGCAAGGUUUAGGGGGUCAUGUACGUGUUAUUUUGUCUGGAGCAGCACCUCUGUCUAUGCAUGUGGAAUGUUACUUACGGGUGGUGACUUGUUCUCAUGUCCUACAAGGAUACGGUCUGACCGAAACCUUUGCGGGAACCUUUGUCUCAUUACCUGAUGAACUAGACAUGCUUGGAACAGUGGGUCCUCCUGUACCCAAUGUGGAUGCGUGCCUGGAAUCUGUUCCGGAAAUGGGUUAUGAUGCCCUUGCAAGCACACCAAGAGGUGAAAUUUGUGUAAAGGGUGAUACCUUGUUUUCAGGAUACUACAAACGUGAAGACCUCACGAAAGAAGUUCUGGUUGAUGGAUGGUUCCAUACAGGGGACAUUGGAGAGUGGCAACCUAAUGGAAGCAUGAAGAUUAUUGAUCGGAAGAAGAAUAUAUUCAAGCUUUCACAAGGAGAAUAUGUUGCCGUUGAAAACCUGGAAAAUAUUUUUAGCCAAGUUCCUUCUAUUGAAUCGAUAUGGGUUUACGGAAACAGUUUUGAGGCCUUCCUUGUUGCUGUUGUUACCCCCAGCAAGCAGGCACUUGAACAUUGGGCAGAAGAAAAUGGUAUAUCCAAGGACUUCAAUUCUCUCUGUGAAGAUUCUAGGGCAAAAAGUUACAUACUUGAAGAGCUCUCAAAGAUUGGAAAGGAAAAGAAGUUGGAAGGAUUUGAGUUUAUAAAGGCAGUUCAUCUUGACCCAGUUCCAUUAGAUAUGGAACGUGACCUUAUCACUCCAACAUAUAAGAAGAAGAGGCCUCAGUUGCUUAAAUAUUAUCAGAAUGUGAUUGAUAACAUGUACAAAAGUGGAAAUAAACCCCGUGUCUGAGAAAUGCUUUUGGAGUUGGUGCCAUGCAAUGUAAUGGUUGUUGUAUUACCAACUUAAUUGUUGUAUGAUUAGUGUGCUUAUGUUAGGUGUUUAGCUUACAAGAUCAAGUUGAGCUCAUCUGUAGGGGCGCGCGUGUUGUCUGUGUGCAGGCCCAGCAUAGGCGCGGUUUGAGCUUACUCUUGGUAGGCGCGGGUUGAGCUCAAAUAGUUAGUUGAGCUUGACAGUUAAAGUUAGUUGUGCAUUGUAUUGGCCUAUAUAAUGGCAUUUGUACUCGGUGUUUUAACACAAGAAAAUAAAUGAAAUUGUUUCCUUAUCACAUAAAUCUUCAUCACUCUCAAUAUCCAUAACCAUACUUUCACCAAAUAUCAUUCCUAGCUCCAACACCAUGUAGAUAAUUGAAUUUCUGCAUGUGAUUGUUCUUGCCUCUGUUCAAUUGUAUCCUUUUGGUUGUGUGUAGCAACUCUCUUAAAAUGUUAUGAAUGAGGAGAAGUUCUAAAUCCAACCAUAUAGUUGUGUUUUUU